GAUAGGGGGGCUCCCUUGCUUGGAACAACGAGGGAGGCGCAGGAACUACAGGGAGAAGUCUGUGGUUCAUGAGGGCCUCGCUUGCAGAAUUGAGAGUCUGGCAUGCUGACAAAGAUGAAUUGACGAUGUUCAUGAUCUCCAGACUACUUUGUGUUUUGAAACAUGGCUUCUCAGGAUGUCCAGAGUUUCUUCCAGCCUCUUUCCUCUUGGAUGUCUCGGGUGUAUGAGGCUGUCCAACAAGCCGGUGACUCCUUGUCUUCUUCCUUGAUCAAUCUGGGAACCAAACUAGAGCACCAUUCCAAUGAUGAGACAGAUGAGGACUUAGAAGACAGUGAAGGGUCUUACGAACGUUACUCUGAAGGUUCAGAAGAUGAAAGCACCAUUAGCCAGGACAGUGAAAGCUCUGACCACUUUUCAGCAUCCAGUUGUUGUGACCCUACUUCACUAAACUCUUCCUGUGCUUCUAACCUCCGUUGGCAAGAGGGAGAAAGGAGCGGCCUCAAAUUCUCAGAACAAUAUCUUGAUGAGGAUUCUUGGACCUGUCAUGGAAUCUACCAAAGUUACAAGGGCCACCAACCCAUGGAAACUCUUCCCACCAUCCCAGAGGAAGAGGAGCAACUUCAUUCCAAGCAGAGAAAGAACAUGCCACUCAACUGGGAUGAUCAGAAGUCAUUAAACAGUUAUGGGGAGGACGAGGAUCUCACAACAUCCUCAGACAGUGACGAAGAGGUGAUAAAGCAGUUCGAGAUCUCCGUCUCGCGUUCCCAGAGCUUUCGGUCAGGAGUUUCUGAAAAAGGGACCCAGGCUGGUUCUGACCAAAGGCUCAAAUUCAACUGCUUGUUGUCGAACCAUGAAGAAUACAGUACGGAGGCAUCAGAAUGUGAAGAUCUGGAUGGGUUCAGCCAACUAAGUUACCAAGACAACCUGUCUUAUCAUGAAGAUGACCAUCUCUCCUUCGAUUCGAGAACUGCAUCAGAGAGCAGGGGCUCCGGGCAGCCCAAAGACCCCGAGAUGGAGGCCGGUGCGACUCCCAGCCUCAGCCGGCAAGAAACUGAAGGGAGUUUGGAAAUGGAGACGGCCUUUAGUAACCAAGGCUUUGAAGGGAACGACGCGACUGAUAGCUCAUCGGCCUGGAGCCCUGAGGACCCUGAAGGAGCACAUGCCCUCCUGGUUCAUCCCAGCACCCAUGAGCCGAUUUCCAAAUGUGGCGACUUAGACAUCCUCUUUGACUACAGGCCCUCAAGCCAAAAGCUGGUCGUGACUGUCCUGGAAGCAAAAGAUAUCCCGGACAAGGACCGGAGUGGGGUGAGCGCCUGGCAGGUUCACACGGUCCUGAUGCCCAACAAGAAACAGAGGGGGAAGACAGGUGUCCAGAGAGGCCCCAAUCCACUCUUCAAGGAUAAGAUGACCUUCACGAAGCUGGCCCCGGAGGAACUCAGCAGCUACGCCCUGCGAUUCCGCCUCUACUCAGUGCGCAAAAUGAUGAAGGAGCGGAUGAUGGGUGAACGGCUCUUUCAUCUUAGCCACCUCAACCAGGAGGGGGAAAUGAAGGUGACGCUGGUCCUGGAGCCCAGGAGCAACUUGUGUCAACGUGGAGGCUCUCAGAUCAGCCUCUCUGCCAUCUCUCAGAGUGACAGUGCUUCUUCGACCCAGUCCUUGUCUCAUGGAGGGGUUCCGGAGCUGCUGGUGGGGCUCUCCUACAACGCCACAACUGGGCGACUUUCCGUCGAGAUGAUCAAGGGCAGCCACUUCCGCAACCUUGCGAUUAACAGGCCACCUGAUACUUAUGGCAAGCUCUGCCUUCUCAACUCGGUUGGCCAGGAGAUGUCUCGAUGCAAGACGUCCGUCCGCCGGGGCCAGCCAAACCCUGUCUACAAAGAGACUUUCGUCUUCCAAGUUGCCUUGUUCCAGCUCUCGGAUGUCACUCUGAUGAUCUCCAUCUACAACCGCCGCAGCAUCAAGCGCAAGGAGAUGAUUGGCUGGCUCUCCAUGGGUCAGAACAGCAGUGGCGAGGAGGAGCUAAAUCACUGGCAGGAGAUGAAAGAGUCCAAGUCUCAGCAGGUAUGCCGGUGGCAUACGCUCUUGGAGUCUUAAUGUGGAACUCAACACUUUUGGCAUGCCCCUUCUCUCUUCUGCCUGAAGAGCAGAAGUUGUCUCCCCAACAUUGGACAAGCAGAGAGCUGUCAGUUGAUAACAGAACUGGACUUUUUAAUGCACUUUUUAUUUCUGCGGCUGGGAAUCUCUUGACAUGACAGAGGCAAUGUUAGAGCCAAGUUGCCCUCCACUCAGUACCAGAAACAAGCACCAAAUGUCAUCUUCACCCCCUCUGAAAUAGCUGCCUUUGCCCUCAGUGACACGGUCACAAAGCCUGAUCUCAUUGGCUGCAGACUGUUAACUGUGACUAUGAGAAAAGGUGGUCACUCGGUGCCAAAGCUCUAGAGUCAACUGGGGAUACAGUGAACAGGCAUUAAAAAAUGAUAUGCUUUUGGGAAACAAUUUGGCUCUUUAGCCCUGAAAAAUGUUUACUGGAGAACAUUUGGCUCAGCUCUGGGUUUAUCCGAUUGCAAUAACUGAGAUGAAGUUUGAAAGAGAAUAGAACAGUCGGAAAAGAUGGUUAAAAAGGAAUCCACAAUAAAAGUGGAACUGGGGCAGAGGAGGGGGACGGCAAAGCUUUAGCAGCUACAGUGUAAGACAUGGAGCACAGUGUCUGGGCACAGAGUCACUGUUCUGACUAUAAGGACUCCUUCCU